AUGCCGGUAAACAAAACGAACAUUUUACCAAGGGCUGUAAUCGACAUCAAUCGAUACUCGAGCUUCAUUCGCUUAAUGAGAUUUACUGCGUUCAUUCGCCGUGUAGUCAACAAAAAAUACCUAUUCACUUCAACGCCACAAACGGUUGAUGAAUUACACAAAGCUGAAACAUGGUGGUUCAAGAAAGUUCAGUCUGAAAUGUUCUCUGAAGUCAUCGCUGUACUUAAGAAAGGAAAACAACUAUCCAAUAAACACUAUCUAAAACCUCUAAAUCCAUUUCUCGACUCUGAGGGUUUGCUGAGAGUUGGUGGACGCCUUUCACAAUCACAACUAGAAUUUGACUCACGUCACCCUUUAAUUCUCCAUGGAAAACAUCGACUUACCACCUUGCUUGUCGAACAUGAACACAAACGAUUGUGCCAUGUAGGACCUAAACUGGUCUUAGGAACACUUCAACAGCGCUAUCAUAUUAUCAGUGCUAGAAAGAUUGUUCGAAAGUGCACUCGUGAAUGCGUGAUCUGUCGGCGUAUAUUUCCAAAGGUUUCCGCACAGCUAAUGAGUCAACUCCCAAAAGAAAGAGUUAAUCCAUCAUUCGCAAGCGAAAUGGUCUCAGUUGAUUAUGCUGGUCCUGUUUUCAUCAAAGCUGGAUCCAAACAAAAUCCUGCCAUAUAGAACUAGUGUUUGAUUUAACAGCUGAAGCAUUUGUCGCAGCACUACGUCGAUUCGUGGCGAGACGAGGAAAACCACGUCAAAUUUGGAGUGACAAUGCAACAUGUUUUACUCGAGCAAAUAAAGAUCUCAAGGAUUUUUAUGACUACUUAAAGGAAGCAGAGACACGAGCGACUAUUGCCAAUUUUUGUUCUACACAAGCCAUACAGUGGAAAUUCAGCCCCCCUACAGGCCCUCAUCAUGGCUCAGUAUGGGAAAACGGUGUCAAGGCAUGCAAGUAUCAUCUCAAGAGGAUUGUUGGUGAAACUAAACUGAACUUUGAAGAACUGACUACGUGUCUAUGCCAAAUCGAAGCCUGCUCGAACUCUAGACCGAUUGCUGCUUCUAUCAACAGUAACGACGAUGAUGGGAUUGCUCCGUUAACCCUUGGUCAUUUUCCAAUUG